CAUUGGGCGACUCAUGCUGGCGUUCAACAAUGGUGACGCGCUGAGAUUCGUAUAUUUCGAGUACUUCAGUCUGUUUUCACUCUAUAAAAUACCGACUUUACCCUUAAAAGGAAUUUAAACCGUGUAUCUGAAAGCAUAUAACCGGUGUACACCAAAGUCAUUUAGUGGAGUGAUGCGUAACUAGAUCCACGAGGAAACCACCAUGUUCCACAACAGCUCACAGAAGAAAUUCUGGACUUUUAAAAACGAGGAUGAACUGGAGCAGAUGCGGUACGUGGCCAAUGAGAAAUUUCGUAGGAAGGCUCUGGAAAGUGGAAAGCCCGGCACCAGUGACUUCAGGUUCUUGGAUCGCCACGAGGAGGACGCGUUGUUUCGACACUACGAGAGGAGACUGCUGGACUUCUGCAAUGCUUUUAAACCCGUGAUGCCCAAAUCUGUGGUGGGUACAGCCAUCAUGUACUUCAGGAGAUUCUACCUGAACAACUCGAUCAUGGAGUAUCACCCCAGGAUUAUCAUGCUGACGUGUGCAUACCUGUCCUGUAAGGUGGAUGAGUUCAACGUGUCCAGCACCCAGUUCGUGGGAAACCUUCUGCAGGAGAGUCCUGCAGGACAGGAAAGGGUCGUGGAGCAAAUCCUAGAGUAUGAGCUGCUUCUUAUCCAGCAGCUCAAUUUUCACCUGGUGGUCCACAACCCCUACAGACCCAUGGAGGGUCUGCUGAUUGACCUCAAGACUCGAUACCCGACGCUGGAGAACCCGGAGUCGCUGAGGAAGAGCGCCGACGAUUUCCUUACCCAAGCAGCCAUGACGGACGCAGGACUUCUGUUUUCUCCGUCCCAGAUUGCUCUGACAGCUAUUCUGAACAGCGCUUCCAGAGCUGGCCUCAAGAUGGAAAGCUACCUGACUGAAUGUUUGGGCCUUAAAGAAGACAAAGAGACUCUUUCGAAGAUGUAUGACUCCAUGAAACGGAUGAAAACCCUCCUGAAGAAGUAUGAACUCCCCAAACAGGAGGAGGUGAAUGCUUACAAACACAAGCUGGAGAGGAUCCAUGCUGAAUUUGCUACUUCAAGCAACAAACGAAAAAGAGGAUAUGAAGAAGACGGCCAUGUUGCCAAAGAACCUCGUUUGACCGAAGAGGACUGGACUGAUGAAGACCUCCUAUGAGAUUAUUAAGUUGUGGAAUGAAACUGUUGAAAGUUCCUGCUUUACUCCAGUAUUUUAUAUGGAAAAAAUCUAAAUGUGGCAAAAUUAAGUGCACAUUUCGGUUGUGUUUUCUGAGAAAUAAAGAUAUUUUUCUACUAGUUGUUUUGUUUUUUUUUUGUCCUAAAACAAAAGUGCCACGUUAACACCAAGUGAAAGCGUCUGGACCUUUGUGAGGGCACAAUAAACGACUCAAUAAUCUACUUUACAAAAACAAACAGUUUAAUAAGUGCAUGCAUGUCUGUUAUACAGUCUGUACUAUUAAAAAAAAUACCACUGUAAACUUUUACUUGGUUUUUUUGAUUAUGUGUCCUGUGUGGCAAAUGGGAUGUUUUAAAACAGAAAAAAAAAGAAGCCGCAGCCAAAUAAUCAAAUAUAACUGAUACAAUUAUGACCUGGCAAAAAUUCAGCUUAUCUCACAUAUAUACUCAUGAUUCCAGCAAGAGAAUUUAUUAAUAUAAAAUAACCAUAGGUUUUCUGCAAGACUUUGAAAAAAGAACAGACAGAAAUGUUUCUUUCAGCGUUUUGCAGAUAUUGUCACAACCUUUAAAAUUAAUCAGUAACUAAUUACAGUAUAAAAAGCAUAUUUGCUCAGAAUCCAGUUUACCAUUAAAGGGGGUUGAGAGAACUAGCUUCUUCAUGUCAGUUUCCUCACACUGAGUUGAAAGUAGGGGACCAUAACUUUGGCAAUUUGUGCCUUUAAAGCACAGUAGGUACAAGAAAACCAUAUAAAAUCCUUAUAUUUGGUCCUCUUGGUGAAUGAAUGAAAUGCACCCACAUCACAGUUAUGAACAAAGUCCAAAGGGGAGAAAUGUAGCAGUCAGUCAUUGGUGCAAGUUUUUUUUUUUUUUCUCUUCCCAUUUUGUUGUUUUUAGGAGCCAUGUUGCUUGUUGUACUCAGAUGCUGCUGUUGCAUAGCUUUUUGUGGUGAACGAGACAAGAUGAUGGGUGAGGAUGGG